UUCCAGGACACCCAGGAACUCAAAACCCCGUCUCAAAAAAACAAAGAAUGACUUGCAAAGUUGUCUUGUUAUGUCUUAAUUAUAUAAUGAGGUAAAAUAAGCCCACCAAACCCAAGCUGCAUUUUGUUUUACAGUGACUAAACCUGUAUGUUUCUGCCUUUGUUUUUAUGAGUUCACUCUAAAUACAUGUGUAAGACUAUUGAAAAUGCAGAGGACACCUACCCUAAGUCUUUUUGUGAAUCAUGUAACAAACAAGCAUUUAUUGAGAGAGUAGUUUGUACUCCCCUCUGUUCCAUGAGUGAGCCAGUGUGAUGAGGUUCUCUUAAAGCCCACUUCAUACUUACUCACGGAUCAGACCUGUCCAAUCAAGCCUUAUAUAACCAGCUAUGUCCAUGACGUCUGAAAUACCAUAGCUAUCGUAGAAAUGUAUAGACUCUUCCUCAGUUCGUCUUCAGUAUAAUUAUACCAAGACCAGGGGUCUGUCAAAGCUUGAUUUCCUGUCCAUGUCACUGGGGGUAUUUACUAACCCAUCUUACGUUCUUUAAGUUUCUAACAUGCUAUUAAUUGUCAUCUCAUUUCAGUUUAACUUGCUUCUAUUUCUUUCUGCUGUAUUUACUUCUACAUACCGACAUGUGAGUUCUCAGUUACAGCCAGUAGAGGGAGGUGUGUGAAAGUAUAAUAAAAAAUGGUAUUCCUGCUCAAUGCCUAUUAAUCCAAAAUUGCUAACUUAGUGUGUCAUGAGCCUGAAGCCUGGGUAGCUAAAUAGUAAUUUCAGUUGCGAUGAUGUUCUGGAGAGUUUCUGUUUCCUGAGAUGUAGUCAGUAGGGCUGCUGGCUAUAAGGCAGGGUCCUGUUCACAACAGAGAAUUACACAGGUGUUUAAAGAGAAAUGUUAGUUAAAUGAAAAGUGACGAGGCUUUGAAAAGUGAUGAGGCUUGCAACCUAGGUUAGGAAUCGACUGAUCUUUACCACGAUUAGUAGAGUAGGGUAAUAGCCAGUUCCUUACUGGUGUUUACUACAGAAUAUGUAGUAAUUGAAAUCAACCAGACUAGAAAACAUGCCUUUUUAAAAAAAGUCUAUGGGCCGGCACCAGCGUGCUGCUGCGGUGCCCCGGAGAUGGCGUCUCGAAGCGGCAGACCCGAGCACAGCGGGCCGCCAGAGCUGUUUUAUGACCAGAAUGCAGCCCGGAAAUACGUUCGCAAACGGAUGAUUGACAUCCAGGCCAAGAUGACUGAGCGAGCAUUGGAGCUUCUCUGUUUGCCAGAGGUUCAGCCCUCUUUUCUGUUGGACAUUGGCUGCGGUUCUGGACUGAGUGGAGACUUUAUCUCAGAAGAGGGGCACUAUUGGGUGGGCAUUGACAUCAGCCCUGCCAUGCUGGAUGCUGGCUUGGACCGAGACAUAGAGGGAGACCUGCUGCUCGGGGGCCUGGGCCAGGGGAUCGCUUUCAGACCGGGUUCUUUUGAUGGCUGCAUUAGCAUCUCAGCUGUUCAGUGGCUCUGCAAUGCAAACAAGAAGUCGGACGUCCCUGCCAGGCGCCUCUACUGCUUCUUUUCUUCUCUGUACUCCGCCCUUGUCCACAGGGCCCGAGCCGGCUUGCAGCUGUACCCUGAGAACUCGGAGCAGCUGGAGCUGAUCACAGCCCAGGCCACAAGGGCGGGCUUUGCCGGUGGCGUGGUGGUGGACUUCCCCAACAGUGCCAAAGCAAAGAAGUUCUACCUCUGUCUGUUUUCUGGGCCUUCCACCUCCCUGCCAAAGGGGCUGACUGAAAGUCAGGAUGCAGACCAGGCCACUGAGUUCGCGUUCACCAGUGAGAGGGCCCCGCACUAUAGGGCACGGCGGGACCUGCUGAAGAAGAGCAGGGAAUGGGUUCUAGAGAAGAAGGAGAGGCGCAGGUGCCAAGGCAAGGAGGCCAGACCUGACACCCAGUACACGGGCCACAAGCGAAAGCCCCGCUUCUGAGGGUGCUGGAUCUAAUCAAGUGGAGAUCCUGGCCACCCACACCUGCAUCCGGCCCUGCAGACGGCCCUGGCCACCCACAUCUGCAUCCAGCCCUGCAGACGGCCCUGGCCACCCACACCUGCAUCCAGCCCUGUAGACGGCCCUGGCCACCCAUUCUGUUCAGAGGUUGGGAGCUGUCCAAUCCAGGACUACCUCUGAGGAAUUUUCUAGAUUGAAUUGUUUACCUCAGCAGCUAGCAACAUAGUAUUUUAGAAAAGUUGUGAAUUUCUCAAAAUAUUUUUUUCACUAAAAGAGUUUCAGGGACUUGGGUUUGGCAGCCCAGAUCCUGUAAUCCCAACACCCUCCCGAGAGGCUGAGACAGCAAGAUGGAAAGUUCCAGGUCAGUCUGAGCUACACAGCAAAAACCUGUCUUAAAAAAAAAAAAA